AUGGAGGUGACCAUAUUUUCUCGAGAAACAAUCAGACCAUCAAGUUCAUUGAUUCGCCACAUGGAACCCAAAAAGCUGUGUCUCUUCGAUCAGCUAACUCCAUCAACUUACCCUGAAGUAGUCAUUUUUUACUCUAUGAAUGAUCCAAACUUGGAUCUUGACAAAACCCUAAUCCAGUUGAAGAAAUCUUUGUCUGAAACCCUAACUUUGUUUUAUCCCUUAUCCGGAAAAACCAAGAACAAUCUGUACAUCGAAGACUACGACACUGGUGUUCCUUACUGGGAAGCCAAAGUUAACUGUCGUAUGUCCGACUAUCUUCAGCUUCGAGAAACUGAGUCACUCAACAAAUUUGUGGCUAUUCAUCCCUUUACCAAAGAAAAAGACAACUCAGAUCCUCAGCUUGCAAUUCAGGUAAACGUGUUCAGUUGUGGCGGAAUAGCCCUAGGAGUUAGCCUAAACCACAAACAAUUGGACGGAGAAACUUUGAGUUAUUUCCUCAAGUCAUGGGCUGCUCUCUUCACCGGCUCACCUCACAAAGUAGUUAUCCCACAACUAUCCAAAGCGGCGUCGUUUUUCCUGCCACAGACAGAAUUACCCCCCAACUGUGUAGCUCUCAUGGACCAGUUAUGGUUCAAGAAGAGUAACUACGUCACCAAGAGAUUUUACUUCAACAACAAAGCCAUAUCCACGUUGAAAUCCUUAGGUAAAAGCGAAACAGUCCCAUCUCCUACCCGAAACGACGUCGUCAGCUGCUUCAUAUGGAAACACGCCACCGAGGCUUCUUGGGCCAUAUCAGGCAAGCCCAGAAUAUCCGUAGCGGCUCACGCCGUCAACAUGAGGCCCAGGAUGAAAAAUCCUCGCUCACUGGAAAAUUGCACGGGGAACCUCUUUUGGUGGGCCUCCAUAAUAGUGAACCCGGCGCAAAAGGCUGAGCUUGAGCUGAGUCAACUGGUGGCGUUGACUAAUGAAAUUGUGUCCGAAUUCAACGGCGAUUACUUGGAGAGCAUGGUUGGAGAAGCCGGGUUCGAGCCCAUUUCGGAUUUUGUGACGCAGCUGGAGUCGAUGAUGGGUAUGGAUUCUGAAAAGCCAGACAUAUUUGCCUUUACUAACUGGAAAAACACCUUCAACGUGGUGGAUUUCGGGUGGGGCAACCCGGUUUGGGUCGGGGCCCAUGGAAAAGUCGGGCCGGAGUUUAGAAAUAUGGUUGUAUUGAUCGACUCACAAGGGAGUAAUGAUAAGGAGGUUGAAGCUUUUGUGACGUUGGAAGAUCGGCAAAUGGCAAUACUUGAGAGUGAUUCACAGUUUUUGGCGUUUGCAGGGAAUGGCCAUAAUAUCAAUUCAAGCCUGUAG